ACGGAAAGUGUAGUCGUCCCUAUUGACAAGUGUGGACCACAACAAGUGAGCCACACCACCAACCUGCCCGGGCUUCUUCACCAUUACCUCUUAUUAUUAUACACCUGGGACCAAUUUCCCUAGGACCUAAGGAAAAGUAUGGCGGCCCUUGAGAAAUUGAUUCGUGCCUUUGAGGCAGUAAAACUGUCUCAGGGAGGCAAUGGUACAAAUGUCGGAAAUCCUUCAGUAAUUUCAAGUGCCGGGGCCCAGGCAGGUGAACAGCGUCCUCCAGAACACUCAAGAACUAUGGCGUCAUUAGCUUCAUCAAUAUCACAGCAGAGCCAAGGACUGCUCAGUAAAAAAGAUCAAGUGUUGAGUAGCAAAGAGAAAGCUGCAACAUGUUCUGUCAUAGCUGAUGCCCUUGUUGGGGCAAAACCUACAGAAAUCCAGAAGCUGCUGUCAGUGGGCAUAGAGACCCUACUGCUUCUGACAGCUGAUUCUGAUCCAGAUGUCAGGAUGAAUGCCAAUGAAUCUCUCAACAGAGUUAUUAGAAGCUUAUCAGAGACUCAAUUGGGCAAAAUCCAGGUUGAACUGUACAAGGAAAUCAAGAAGAAUGGGUCAGUUAGGAGCUUGAGAGCUGCACUCUCAAGGUUUGCUGCACUGUGUCAUCAUAUUAGGCCCCAGAAAGGUCGAGCGUAUGUUCAAAACCUCCUACCGUAUGUGACACGAAUGGCUCGCCGGCCAGAAGAACCCUUGCUAGAAACACUUGCUGUUUCCCUUGAAAAAAUUAUGCCAACCCUUGGUCAUUUCACCAACGAUAAUGAAAUCAAGAAUCUUCUAAAGGCAUUCCUUCCCAAUCUCAGCCACACCUCCUCGGCUGUCCGCAGAUCAGCCGUGACGUCUCUCACAGUUCUCUGCCGUCACUCUCGUAAGCCACCAAUGUUCCUCGGCUGGCUGCUCAGCACUAUUCUUCAGAUUAUGGUGCCAAUCCAAGAAGAUAUACCAACAAGCCAGAUUUUAGGAUGCCUCUUGUGCCUACGCUCAUUGGUACCUCACAUAGGGGAACUUUGUGCUCCUAUUAUCCCCUCAGAUACACAGCACCCUCAGCACACCAGUCAUCUACACCCUGCAGAGUAUACUGUCACGUAUGACCAAAUGCUUCAGGUGUAUGAGUUAUGUCUACAUUAUAGUGCACAUUCAGACCACAAUAUAGUGACUGCAAGUUUAGAAACACUUCAGACAUUGCUCCAGAACCCACCUGUAGCCCUUCUUCUGACUCUCAUUGCUCCUGAGGGCAUUAACAGAUCCAGGAUCUUGGCUGACCCUCGAGCCAACGUGCUGUCAUCUAGAGUGUCCAGUCAAGUGAGUGUUGCUCCAUCGUUGUUUGAGGAAGAUUUGGACCUUGAUGGUGGCAGUGGGAAGGUCAGUAUGGAUCUGGAUACUCCCGAUGGGAAAAUUGACUUUGAGGAGAGUACGAAAGAAGAAGAUGAUAAAGGAGGUGGAGGAAGCAUUGACGCACAGCAGACUGACGUUACUGAAGACCUGACUGAAGAAAAUGUUAGUGCUUUGUACUCCAGCAUUGAAAUUGGUAAACUGACAGACACCUCGGUGCUCUUUGGUAGAGGAGAGAUGAAUUUAAACGGAGAGAAGCGUUGUGUUGAGCGGGACAAAAGGAAACACAUUUACCACAUAUCAUCUCAUGCUCAGAAUAAGUCUCUGGAAGACAAACAACAUUCCAUUGAUAAGGCAGGGGGCUUAAUUGGCUCUUUCUUGGGUGAAGAUCUUCCUGUGAGGUAUCUCGUAAGAUAUCUCACUUCCUCAUUCCUUCUCUCUGGGCAUGUUGGGUCGUUAAUUCCUGAUCGCACGGUGCGAGUCAGUGUUAAGGUGCUGGCUCUCAACUGUGUGGGGUUGGCUGUGACGGUGAUGCCCUCGCUGAUGGCAGAGCCGCUCUUUACUGAUGCAACUGGUGAAUCUGAGCUUCAGCAACAUAUCGAUGACAUUUUGAGGUUUCAUAGUCAUUCCGAUCCUCAGCUUGGAACAAGUGUGGGCACUGUUAUUGGACAGUUCAUACGUGCUAGUCUUGUCCAUGGAUGUGGUCAAUACAAUGACUUUGGUAGGCCAGGAUUGGCCUUAUCUUCACUGCUUGAAGUCCUUUGUAAGUUGCUUGGAAAUGAGUCAAGCGUAACGGCACGUGGAGCUGUUGGAGGUCUGGGGUUAUGUCUGGGCGAGCUACUCCAUUCUUUGCACGCAGCCGUCAUACUCUCCGUCUUGCCUCAUUUAGUAAACACGGCGUCAAACCCUUAUUGGUUGGUAAAAGUGGAAUUGUGUGACCUGCUGUCUGGGCUGCCUCUGAGCUAUACAGAUCAUGUUGAGAGCAACAGCAGCUAUACCACUACUGGCAAUUCCAUCCCACUCAGGCCGGCUGACAGGUUCUCUCAUCGUGUGUUAACGGCAGUUCUGAUUCCUCUCUUAGCAGAUCAAGACCCCAGAGCUCGUUCAGCAGCCGCAUCAGCCUGUGUCAAGUUAGUACCUGAGAUAAUGAGCACUGGUGACCUGAUUCAUAAAGUGGCUUCCAGUCUUGUACAUAGUGGCCGUCUCAAAGGUGACAGAGAGGACCUCGGAAAUAAUCCUCAAUCACUUCAGCACUGGUCCUCUAGGGGCCUCCCCUCUUUGCCAGUUGCACCACUCUAUCGUCUCUUUUCCGAGAGAUAUAGUAAUCUUAUUGAAAGUCAUGGUCCAGGGAUGUCAGAUGCCCAGAACUCAAAGGUGUCACUAUCUCUCUCACGCCUCAUCUAUGCCUUCACAACCCAUCUUAUGAGUACCAACAGCAAAUUCUUGAUGCUGGGGUGUAUAGAGGCUUUGUCACAGCUGAGUGAGAAGUACCCUCCUGCCCUCUACCCAGCAGCCUGGGGUUGUCACAUAACUUCUCUGCCAGCAAGUGAAGGUAAUAUGCAUGUUGGACUCAUCACACACGUCCUCUCUCUGGCUGGGGAAUCUCCAAUUGCUGGGGACCUCAGUGUACAGCAGAAUAUUCUCACUAUAGCUUCAAACAUUCUUGCAGGAAUUGCUGUUGAUGUGUUAAGACAAGGCCGAGAAGACAUUGUGGGAGCUAAGAUGCCGUGGUCAUUUCUAGGAUCAUCACAGAUAACUGCUGUGGCUGAGGCUGUGGUGCAGCACAUUUUACGUAUAUUAUGUGUGUACACUCACGUGCUGGAGGACAUCAUACCUGGAACACGACCAAACCUCUCCCCUCUUGCUCCACAGUCAACACUUUCUCCUAUCAAGAGAAGAUCCCGAGGUGACUCCACUGGGGACAAGAACCGCACACAUUCACCCAGCAAUGGAGAAAAAGCAGACAGUGAAGAAAAGGAGAGGAAGGCAUUGAAAUCUGGCACUAUUGGAGCAUUCUCGUACCUACCAGAAUAUAUAAAGAUGUAUGAUGUGUUAAAAAAUGCCUACACAAAUUAUAAGAUGUCCUUGGAGGAUAACACAACAGAAAAACUGUGUGGGCUGCUCCGAGUAGCUCUCACCAGCCUGGGGAGACUCUUGGAAGUAGCAUCGAUGGUAGAAUUUGGGAAACUCGCUGAUGAGAUGCUUCAGUAUUUGAAAGUCGUAACAACACUUCUUCCAACACUUACAGUGCAGUGUGGCCAGCAACUCCUGAAGUGCUUGUUUGGUUCAAAUGUCAUGGCUCUCUUAGAUCAGCUGUACCAUAAAGUGUCAGACCCACUGCCUCAUGUGUCGGUGGAUGCAGCUGGUCCUAUAACUAAGAGAACAACAGAAGAACCUGGUAAUACUGGCCUCCAUCAUCUGUGUUUCAAUAUCCCACUGUCUGAACUGGAGAAUGACUUAAGUGCAAUGGCUAUGUCCAGGAAGGAUAGUGACCCCAUUAGUUUAAGUCUACAACGUAAAGGGAGCACCAGCGUCUUUAAAACACUAGGACGUGGCAAUGACAAGUCAUCAUUAAGCUCUUACAUAAGACUGUUUGAGCCGCUGGUCAUCAAAGCCUUAAAGCUGUAUACUGUGUCAAGUGAUGUUAUCAUGCAGAGGUCAGUCCUGCAGCUGCUGAUCCAUUUGGUGCAAAUCCGGGUCAAUUACUGCCUCCUGGAUUCUGAUCAGAUAUUUAUAGGUUAUGUUAUCAAGCAGUUUGAAUACAUUGAAGAGGGACAAAUCAAGCAGGCAGAGGAGCUGAUUCCUUCCAUGUUUAGGUUUCUUGUGCUCCUAUCAUAUGAACGGCACCACAGCAAAAGCAUAAUUGGGGUUCCCAAGAUCAUCCAGCUCUGUGAUGGUCUCAUGGCCAGCGGUCAACCUCCUCUGUCACAUUGUAUAUUAGCCUUACAACCACUAGUGGAGGACCUUUUCCUGGUAAGGAGUACAACAAGCAUGGCGGAUCAGCGGGAGCUUGAUACUCAGCGAGAAGUCCUCUGCUCCAUGCUUCUCAGGCUUGCUCACUAUCACCAGGUUCUUCGCCUUAUCUCCCUGGUGUUAGGUGCAACAAUGGAAGCUAACCGAGAGCGCUGGAGAAAGUUGUCUCGGCAAGUGAUUGAUACGCUGCUUCCUCUCCUGUCCAAGCUGCAAGUCAAUCUUGAUUCUGAGGAUUCCCUCGCUGCAGUAGAAGAAGUGAUGCAUGGAGUUUGUGCCAGUGUGUACCGACCUGUGGACUGUGUACUGAAGGCUCUCUUCACAUCUCCUUGUGAACUGGAGACGACACUGGGUGUAGAGAGAUGGGUGGGCAGUAUUUUGCUGCUUCUUCGUGCCCUCAUUACUCACUCUACCCCGGAGCUGGUCUUGGCACGCUUAGAAGAAUUAGGUCUAAGUAUGGACUAUGUACAUGGUGACCUAGCAGCAGAGAUUGUGCUUCAGGGGGGUUCCUUAGGGCCAGAUUCCUUACAGCAUCAAGUUCCCGAUACGUCGGCAGGUUUCCGAGAUCCUCUUAACGUCACCCAGCCAGAAACUCUUCCCCAGGUUGCCAUGGCCAGAUUCUUAUUAGAAGUUGUUCGUGUUAGUGUUAGUGAGAUCAGGAGUGUGCGGCUCACACUGCUCAACAGUGGACUGGCAUCAGAAAGUGGAGGUGGGCAACAUUCCCCAGACAUGCUGGUUCACCUCUCACACCACCUGCUGCUCACCCUCCUGCACCUAACACUCUCAGGUCAGUGGAGGGAAGUGAUCACCUCUCUCAAGGAUAUUUGUAGCAGAGAAAUUGAAUUAACAGAAGAAAUUAGUGAAGCACUGCUGUUUGUCUCUGGCUGGUAUGCCCCGCUUACACUGCUCUGGUGCAAGCUGCUCACCUGUCUUGAUCUCACGUCCCAGAACCUGUGGACCCGAGUCCUCAGAACGUGCCAGAGAAAGUCUGUCACUAGCGUCAGUAGUCCUAUUGUGAGUGAAGCAAGUGGACCGUCCAGUUGCUUGUCAUUAGAAUUUUUAAGGAGAUGUGGACUACUUGUGUUCUCUGAAUUUGUGGUACGGCACAUGCAGGAAGGAGAGUGGUUAACUUGGCUUGUUGUACAACACAUAAGUGAUGUGGUUAUCCUCCACAUGGAGCCACCCAUUCAUUCACUUAUUCAGUCCAUCCAUGCAUCACCAGCAGCGUCGGCGCUCCUUAUCCAAGCUAUCCACGCACGCUGUGAAUACGUGCAAAAGGCAGAGUAUGGCGGACACAUCAUAUCAUUGGUGACAGGAGUUCACAUCUCUCAAUCUGGUGCACUGAUAACCUUUGUGGUAGAGCGGUUGUUAGCACUGCCAUACAUGGUAGUGACUCGUGCUGCUUGUGCAUUGGCCACUCGCCGAUUGCAGCUUCUACUAGCAAUGGCACCUGGACAAGUUGUCGUUCAGCUCCCACUAGAAGACCUCACCAAGAUAGUUAGUUACAUGAAAGAGAAUAAUCUUGAGAAACGGUAUGGACAAAUGUUUGGGCUCCUACAACAACUUUUGGGGCAAGUUCAUGGCAUCACUGUUCCCCAGGGUGGUGACACCUCUCUACCCAGUCAGCCACACCACAGUCCUACUGCCACCACUCGACUGGAUCUCACCUGGUACCUCCAGCUUGUUAGGAACAGAUGUAUGCAGGGAGAAGGAGGUGGACUGGAGUGUGGCCAGCUGCUGAGUCAACUGGAGUAUAGUGAAAUAAUCAACAUUAUGUCCGGGAAGACCUUUAACACCGCCUUACUGACACACACCCUCAGACUUGGACUCACCACAACACUACAGGCCAACAGAGACUGGGGUGACUGUAGCAGCUCUGUGGAGACUGCUGACAGUGAGGAGUGUAGUAGUGGGAGUGGUACUGGAGAAGCUCCUUUGUACACUGCCAGCAAAGUGAUCUUACUUCAGCACCUCGCCCAGGUGGCAGGAUCUUUGCCACGCCCACAUCACACCUUCACCCCAGGCGGGGGAAAUAAGUACAGCGAGCGAGUGUGUAAGUUGCUCUCUGGGGACGACGGCAUCGGCAGUGUAGUGGAUACCCUGGCCCCUGCCGUGGUAGAGUACCUCACUUCCAUGACCCGUCUUCCCUGGGGAGCCCAAGUCCUACCAGAUAACUCAGAGCACUUACUGAGGUUUGCCCUUUUGGCUAUGGAGUACCUGCACUGGCAGGUGUGGCUUGGCGGUGUGAGUGUUGAAGUAGCCAGCCUGUGCCUAAACUGUGUAGAUGCUGUAUUACGUUGUGGCACAUUGGCUGGCUUAUUGGGUCUGCCUGAUAGGACAUCAUAUGUGUGCUCUAUGGUGGCUGCCCUACACACAGCUGCCUCUCAUCUCAUCAAGCCACGGGCACUCCCAAGUCUUCCUACGAGCUUGACUCAGUGUUUAAAUGGAGGAGAGAGCAGCCUUUUGGUUGCAUGUAGGAGACUCAUGCAACUUGUGUCGUGGCUGGAGGCUGGCAACCAACGUGAUCUUCCAACUUGUAUUGCUCAGCCCAUUAGAGGCAUUGUGAUGGGCUUAGGGCGUAUGCCAGUGGUGAACAGUGUUGUGCGAAUACCCCCAGACAUCUGGACACUAGGUUGGACUUUUCAGUUCUCUGGAGAGCAUGGUACAACUCUACCACCCAUCCCGGUAGAACUGCUACAGGAAACAGAUGUUCUGAAACAGUUUGUAUUCAGAACGGAGUUGUUUGGUUGGAUUGGUCGACAACAGUUUGAAGAGACCUGGAUGGCACUCUUGUCGGUGCUAAAUUCUACCCCAAGUGAGAACACUCCAACAGAGGAACUGCCUUUCAUUAAUCUGAGCCUGUCAUUGGCUGUUCGAGGAAUCACCGCGCUGUUGGUCCAGACUCUCUUGCUGCCUAUGCCUGGCAAUUCCCACAGUGGCCAUUUACUAAGUAUCCCAAGAGAUAAACCUCCACACUAUCUGACUUCUAAGUCCGGUCGGAAACUUCAGGAGAUAAUGUCACGUCUUCAUGAAAAACUACGAGAAGUACAACACUUGAUCAAAGGAGGACCUCGUCAGACUCCAUUAUAUCAGCUUAGUCAGGUGUCUGUUGAGUAUUUAGUUACAGCUCUCAACAGUCAUGCAGAACCACCAGAAUCUCCAGACACAAUCUUACACACUGGUUGUUAUGAAUUUGAAAUAAGAGAACGACAGCUGGCAAGUUGUGGUCUUGAUGUCCAGUCAUGUCUUCACUUCCUCCACUACCUGUACUCAUCAUGGCUGCGGCCCCAGAGUGGCCUGUGUGCAUCAGUAGUGGCUGAGGUAGUGAAAUCAGUGAGUUGUUUAUGUGACUUGUUCUGCUCAAGUGCUCACCACCACUGGGUCCUUGAGUCUCUGUUACCUCUACACACACUCCACCCCAUUGAAGACCACAUCACCCAGCAGUACAUCAUUCUGGCCACUUGUAAAGCUCUGGCAACUCUUAGAUUGGCCAAGCAGGAGGUGAGCUCGUCACUAAGUGAAGGUGUGAUACAUAUAGUGGAGAGUGGACUAAAGAGUGGACAGGUGUCUGUGCGUACCUGUGCCGUCCAGGGCCUACUGUACCUUCUUCAAGGCCCCCCAGAGGAGAGCCCACCCCUCAUCAUACUUGCUGCUAAUUAUAUUCUUAAGUACAAUGAUGGAAAGAGUCGAGAGUGUGAGAGUCAUGAGGUGGCUGUAUGGGAGGUGUGGGUGUAUUUGGUAGAGCAUUAUGAGACCCUGCCAGACCCCACUUUACCCUCCACUGCACUCCACAUGGCACUAUCAACAGCAGCCACUUCUUCCACUACUCCACGUCUCCUGCAUCAAGUUCUGAAAGGAGUAGAGAGGCUGGUGUUAGUGCAGCAGCUCUCCAGCAACACGGUAGAAGUCAUAUUCAAACUAGUAAUGGAUUUAGUUCUUAAUGGUUCACCUUCCACUUCUCUUGCUGCCUUGCCACUGUUCAUCACUGCACUCUAUGCCAAUGUGAGAAAUACAGCUCUUGCACAAGAUGACACGGCAUCUGAUCCAGAAACGCUCUUACUUGUGAUGGAGAAGCUAUCAAUCUUUUUUGACAGAAUUAGGGUUGGUUACCCCCAUGAAGCUGGUGUCAUUGCUGGUCUGCUUGGACCUUGUCUAUUAGAUGUCCUUCCUGCUAGUCAGAUCCUGAAUAAAGUUAUCACAGAGUAUAUUUCCAGCCAUCAGCCACACCCUCAUUUACUAGCAUCGACUCUCUUCCAGGUGUUUGAGGGGGCUAUCAGUGAGAGUGGGGAAGGUUUAGUACAGGAAUGGGUUCUUCUGUCACUUAGCAACUUCACACAGCGUAGCCCCACCUCCCUUGCAGUUUGGUGUCUCACUUGUUUCUUCAUUGCUGCCUCAAGUAAUAGAUGGCUUAGAGCAGCUUUUCCAUCUGUUCAGGCACGUAUGGGUAAACUGGAUUCGCGUGACAUUCAGAUAUUCUGUCUCUCUGCUUCUCAUUUUCGCCAAAGUUUAGCAACAGAGGAUCAGAAAGCAAAGUUUGAAGCAGUGUUUCAGGCUGUGGCAACUCCAGGGUCACCAUUUCAAGAGUUAUUAGACUGCAUCAAAGAUUAGUACAGUCGUCUAGUGAUCUGUAUUUAUGAGUUAUAUAUCGUAAAUCGUCGUAUUAGUUCAUUUCCCCGGAGAACCCUGUUUUGUUAAAAAAAUGAAAGAAAAGGGUUAAAUUUUUUCUGUUCGGUAAUGCAAACUCAGAGUACUAUUACUUUGGUAAACAAGUUGCAGGACCGUUUGGACUGUUUUAUCGUGCCACAGGAAUAUGUUUCGGAAGUUGGCUGUUGGUUGUGGAAAUUAACUUUAUGUAUCACAUUUACGUUCAUCGUGAAUCUGUUGCUGUUAUGUUUUAUUGCAUUCAUACAUUCAUGUAUUGUUUACAAGGUUUUAUGUUAUGCUACAGCAGAGAACAAUAUGUAUAGUUAUCUGCAAUUUUUUUAUAUAUAAUUUGAUGAUUUCAGAUGUAAUGAAUAUAAUUUUAAGAGAUCUCAUACACGCUAAAUUUUACGUACAGUAUAUAUAAAUUACACUGUAUAUUAAUCAUCAGAUGCUUGCCUUCAAAUAUAUAUUUUUAAUGCAUUGUUAAGCUUUUAGAAAAUUGUAGGGAAAAAUUUUAACUUUUGGGAUUAUAUUGUAUUAUGUACCAAGAAUGUAUUCAUUUAUCUUAUUAUUUAUAUAACUUUUUGUUUCUAUACUGUAUAACUGUUAUUAAGGAAACACAUUCAUUUUAGGCUGAUUUAUGAAAUUUUAGAAUUUAUAAUAUGAACUGCAAUUGGUAUGAGAGAAUAUUCCAUAUUCCUUUGCAUGGCUGUGAUGUAAAAUUAUAUCAGUUUGUCUAGGCUUAUAAUUAUCUCUCUGUGAUGACCUGGGAGUUUACUGCACACACACGCAAACACACACGUGCAAACGCACACACACGCAAACACACACACACACACACGCAAACACACACACACGCAAACACACACACAUGCAAACACACACACACAUACACACAUGACGGUUACUGUAUAAGAAUGGCUAGCAUCAAGGUUACAGCACAUGUGAGAAAAUGUCAUGUAUACCUGCUAUACAACUGUUGAAGAUCACUCCACACCUGCUGAAGAUCACUCACACCUGC